CACCGUCUUCCAUGUGCGAAGAUGGCGGUGUUAUGGUAGCAUGAAUUCAACCACACGAAUACGACGUUUAUAAGCUCUUUUCUGUGAUAAACUGUUAAUUUUAAGUUGUAGGGGAACUUGGUAUUGCUUAACACACUUUGAACAGUUUUACUCGGAGCCAUUUCGGUCGCUUUUUUUAUUACGAUACCCUGUGCUAUUCCGUGCUAGCAUCACUUUCCUUUUUUGUUUUGUUUUUACUUAUUUAUUUUAUUGUCUAGUUAUUGUUGUCAGAUGACUUAGGAGGGCAUGUUUGUUUCCAGACUGCCUUUCAGCUCCCUGGUUUGCAGUACACGGACUUUAGCAGCGAAAGAUGUCAUCUGGGGUUGAACCUGACAAUAUGAGUAAAGUGAUAUGAACUUAUCUUCGUGUACACUUCCUGACCGUCUUGUGACGUAGAAUUUGGUGGUCUUUUUCCUACUUUCCGUUGCAACAUGAGCGAGGCGUCCCCAAAGGAAGUGGCUGACAAUUUAUUGAAAAGGUCCAAAGAGGAAAAUGAGGGCGUCGAAGCCAACAAAAGAAUAAAAGCAGAGGGAGAACAGGCCAAAGAUGAAAAGCGAUACCCCAAAAAGAAAGUGGCCCUCCUCAUGGCGUACUGUGGGAAGGGCUACUAUGGGAUGCAGAGGAAUCCAGGGAACACUCAGUUCAGGACGAUAGAAGACGAACUUGUCACAGCUCUCGUCAAUUCCGGCUGCAUUCCCGAAAACCACGGAGACGAGAUGAAGAAGAUGUCUUUCCAAAGAUGUGCCCGCACUGAUAAGGGCGUGUCUGCGGCCGGCCAAGUGGUGUCUCUGAAGGUGCGACUCAUUGAGGACAUCUUGGACAAGAUCAACGAGCAUCUUCCACCUCAAAUCAGGAUUCUUGGUGUGAAGCGAGUGACCCAAGGCUUCAACUCUAAGAACAAAUGUGACGCCCGCACGUACUCCUACAUGCUGCCCACCGUGGCCUUCUCCCCCAAAGACUUCGACACGGCCGAGGCGUCGGCCUUCCGCCUGGACCCGCCCACGCAUCAGCGCGUCAACUUCUUGUUUGCGUGCUACCACGGAACGCACAACUUCCACAACUUCACGUCUCAGAAGGCGCCGAGCGACCCCAGCGCCCAGCGCUACAUCAUGGAGAUGUCCUGCGGCGAGCCUUUUGUCCUUGACGGCGCCGAGUUCGCCGUCAUCAAGGUGCGAGGCCAGAGCUUCAUGAUGCACCAGAUCCGCAAGAUGAUCGGGCUGGUGAUCGCUGUGGUGAAAGGGUACGCGCCGGAGGACGUGCUGGAGCGCAGCUGGGGGCAGGAGAAGGUGGACGUGCCCAAAGCUCCGGGACUGGGCCUGGUCCUGGAGAGGGUCCACUUCGACACGUACAACAAGCGCUUCGGCGGGGACGGCCUGCACGAGCGCCUGGAAUGGGAGGACGAAGAGGACGCCAUUAAAGCCUUCAAGAAGGCGCACAUCUACCCCAGCAUCGUGGAGACGGAGUGCCAGGAGGGCUCCAUGCUCAGCUGGAUGGCCACGCUGCCCAUACACGACUUCCACGCCACCGCCACCGCCACUCAGGACAGCCAGCAGCUUCUAGAAGAUGCAAAUCAUUCGGAUUAAGAAGACUUCUGGUUCUCACAUGAAAAAAUUUCUUCCUCUUACACUUGAAAUUACUCACCAUUGUUCAUUAGUUACCAUUUUUCCUUGCUCUAAUACGCAUUAUUGUACACAUCACAACAAUAAAAGCUUUUUUUUCA